AUGUAGAACAAAGCUCUUGUUUUGAAAUAAAGACCUGACGAAACAUUCCCACAAAAUAUGGACUUUUUUGAAGUUCGAGAAGUCCCUGUACCUGAACUUAACGACGGGGAAAUCUUGAUUAGAGUUUUGUACAUUGGAGUUGAUCCAGUCAUGAGAGUUUGGCUUUCUGGAGCCAAAACCUACAUCGACGCUGUCUAAAUAGGACAAGUCAUGCCUGCUUUUGGAGUGGGGAUUGUGGUUGACACCAAAUAGCCAAAAUGGGAUGUAGGACAAAUCGUAUUUGGGGUUUUGGAAUGUGCCAAUCUCUGUAAAAGAGCAACCAAGCCUUUAUUCAAAGUUCCUCUCUUUGAGUUAGGCGACCCAAAUAUACCUCUCUUGCUUUCUAUUUAUGGAGUCACAGGACUGACAGCUCUUAACGGAAUGAAACUCAUUCCAUAAGAUCAUAUACCUACCUAAGACAGAUAGAGAACUUUUUGUGUGUCAAGUGCAGCAGGGUCGACAGGAUCGAUAGCUCUUUAGAUCGCAAAACAUAUGGGGUUUAAGACAAUCGGAAUUGUGAGUGGGAGAGAGAAGAGAGAGUUCGUUUUGGGUUUGGGUGCAGACGAAUGCAUCACUUAUAAUGAUUGCAAAGAAAAUGAUGAAAUAAUUGUUGACAAAUUAACAUAAGAAAUAAAAAGAGUGGCUCCAAAUGGCAUAGAUGUAUAUUUUGACAAUGCAGGAGAAGAAGUCCUAGAUGCUGUAUUACCAGGUAUGGCUAAGGAGGGAUUAAUCUUGUUAUGUGGAGCUACAUCCACAUACAAUGCUUGGAAGAAUAGAGGUGGAUUGACUAAUCUUGCUUCCGCCAUCACAUAACAAGUCAAAUUAGAAGGCAUCAUAUUUUAUUAGGACCAAGCCAAAAUUUAUAGUGGAUUCUCAGAUAUGAUCGAAUUAGUCAAUGAUGGAGUAAUCAAACAUUAAGAGGAAAUUUAUUAUGGAGUUGAGAAUUUUGUCUAAGGUCUUAAGAGAGUCUUCCUUGGACAGAACAUGGGGAAAAUCAUUAUUUAAAUCGACCAAUAAGUUGAACAUUAAGCCAAACUAUGA